AUGUCGCUGGAAAAGAUUAUUAGAGAUACCCUAUCAAGCUUCAUACAGUCCCAUAUUCCAGAUGCUGAUCUCAGUGCCAUGGAUGAAGUGUUCUUCUCAUAUGUUACCGGAGUGUUAGAAGAGCUGGGAUCUCAAGAGUCCACAGAAGAGGAUUUUGAUAUGGAAACAUUUAUAGAAAUGUUGGAGGGCUACAUUCCUGGUUUUGCAGAAAUCGGAAGCGAUAAAGUUUAUGAAAUGAUGUUUGAACUGUCUGGACGACUAAGUGAAGCACGUAAUAAAGAAAAUUAUUUUCCUAAACCAUCAUCAGAGACUUCAGAUAUGGUUCCAGAAUCUGAUGGCAGUGAACCCAAUCAGAAUAAAUUACAAGUGCCACCGGAAGGAGCAGAGGCACAGGAAAAAAGUGAAUUGAAGAAAAAUGUUGAUGUACUGCUAGAAAUGUUCCCAUGCUGCAGUUUUUACCAAGCUGAGAAAGUUCUCUCUAUGGCUAAAGAGAAUCUGGAAGAUGCAGUUCAGAUCAUAGUUGACAGCAAGGGGCAAUUUGACUAUGCAUCUGAGCCACAGGAAUUACAGAAGGCUCCCAAAAAGGAAGACCUGAAAGAUUUUAUUUUACAGAAAUACAUGUUAGUUGACAAUGAGGAGGAUAAAAAGACUCACAGACCACUAAUGCCAAAGGAGGCCCCAAAGAAACUGAUUCGAUACAUUGACAAUCAGGUAGUGAGCACAAAGGGGGAACGAUACAAGGAUAUAAAGAAGCCUGAGAGCGAAGAGAUGAAGAAAACCUACAUAAACCUCAAACCUGCUAGAAAGUACAAGUUCCACUGA